AUGUCACUCCUCACCCACCUGUUGGCGUGUCUGUUCGGUAUGGGCUCCUGGGUGUCCAUCAAUGGCUUGUGGGUGGAGUUGCCCCUCAUUGUGCCCCAGAUCCCUGAGGGCUGGUACCUGCCCUCUUACCUCUCCGUCCUCAUCCAAAUGGCCAACAUUGGGCCUCUCUUCGUCACUCUGAUGCAUCGCUUCCGGCCAGGCGCCCUGAACGAGGUGGCUGUCAUAUAUGUGAUCAUUGCCCUGGGAACUGUGGCCAGUUUCCUGUUAGGUUUCUUCUGGAAGGAGACUGUUGUAGUGGCAGGUGUGCCCCGCAGUGUGUCUCUACUUGUCCUAACGUUCUUCCUCGCUGUUGUUGACUGCACCUCCUCCGUCACCUUCCUGCCCUUCAUGAUGCGUCUCAAGCCUCAGUAUCUCACCACCUACUACAUUGGAGAAGGUGUAAGUGGCCUGCUGCCUGCUAUAGUGGCUUUGAUUCAGGGUGUUGGGGUGGUCCACUGCAUAAACAGCACCCAGUCUCUGAACCAGACCCUGAACAACUCCAGCAGCGCCGUGACCUUUGAACUCUCGGCCCAGUACCAGCCAGCCAACUUCUCAGCUGAGGUGUUUUUCUUCAUUUUGAGUGCCAUGAUGCUGGUGUGCCUGGUGGCCUUUCUACUGCUGAAUUACCACCCAGCUGUGGCCAGGGAGCAUCCUAAUGGCCGAUACACCAACGGAGUUAAAGCGAAAUCUCAGAAAAACAGGAACUGGGUUGAGCAGAAGCCCAUGAUGGAUCCCUACAGGCCUACAAACCAGAGGCAGAAAAGCAGUUUUGGCACCGGUGCUUACAGCUGGAUACAGGUGUCUUACAUCUUUGUGAUCUUGGCUUGGGUUAAUGGUCUGAGCAACGUGGUACUUCCGUCGGUGCAAUCCUACUCGUGCAUGCCAUAUGGUAACAACGCCUAUCACCUGUCAGCCACCAUGGCUGCCAUGGCCAACCCUCUCGCCUGCUUCAUCGCCUUGUUCUUCCCAAUAAGGUCCCUGCUGUUCAUGGGAGCCCUCACAGUGAUUGGCAGUGGAGUUGGAGCUUAUAUAAUGGCCAUGGCAGUACUGAGUCCAUGUCCACUGCUGGUUAAUGACAGCUCAGGUGAUGUCAUCAUUGUGUUAGCCUGGCUCAUCUUUAUUCUCACUCUGUCCUAUGUGAAGGUGAUUAUUGGGGUGAUCCUGCGUGAUGAAGGUCACAGUGCCCUCGUGUGGUGUGGAGCUGUAGUGCAGUUAGGUUCUCUGCUGGGUGCUGUGACCAUGUUUCCACUGGUCAGUGUGUACAGUUACUUCUCAUCAGGAGACCCAUGCAACACAAAAUGUCCCUAAAUGAAGAUGUUGUGUGGAAGGGACUGGAGGCAGGGACAAGAAAGGAUGGACAGGUGUCCCUUCU